GGCCGUUGUCCUGGCAACCGUAAACUAGCAACCGCGCAGUGAACAGACAGAGCGUCUCUCCGGGUUUUAACCACUCUGUUUAAACUACAACUUUACGUCGACCAGUCUUAUAAACUGACGUAGAACAAUGUCGGAUAUAGGAUCUGAUGAGUUUGAGGAUGAACGCAAUAAACUCGGGGAGUAUGAAGGCGGCAGGAAUGAUGCAGGAGAGAGGCACGGAGUCGGUAAAGCAGUUCUGCCCAACGGAGACAGUUACCAGGGACAGUAUGAGAACGGCAAAAGACACGGAGAGGGGACAUAUAAGUUCAAGAAUGGGUCGAGAUAUGUGGGAGACUAUUACCAGAACAUGAAACAUGGACAGGGCACCUUUUACUAUCCUGAUGGCUCCAAAUAUGAAGGCUUGUGGGUUGAGGACUUGAGACACGGUCAUGGUGUUUACACUUACCCCAAUGGAGAUACGUAUGAUGGAGAGUGGCUGCAUCAUAUGAGGCAUGGCCAGGGCAUUUACCACUACCAUGAAACUGGCUCCAAGUUUAAGGGCUUGUGGGUGAAUGGCAAGAUGGAGUCAGCUGGAGAGUACAUCCACUCUAAGCACAGAUACAAGGGUAACUUCAUCAACAAUAACCCGAUUGGCCCGGGGAAGUAUGUGUUCGACAUCGGGUGUGAGCAGCAUGGUGACUACCACCACUUAGAGCAGGACCGAGCUGAGGGCGAGUGGGGCGAGUUGGCCUCCACCUCUGUCAUCAAGUGGAUUCCCAAGUGUAUCACCGGCAUGACCGUGUGGACUCCAGGCAAAGAGACUGCAGCUGGUGAAAAGAAAACAGCUUCAGCAGAAGAGGCAGCAGAGAACUGACUAGUGUGACCCAUCCAUAAUCCUGCCUCUUUCAAUAUUUGUCUAAAAUACACAAUUAAAUAAAUAUUUCAAUAAAUGUAUAAAUAAAUC